CCCGGCGGAAGAAGCGAACUUCCGGGCUCGCGUUGUAGAUGACUCAAGGCCCAGGAGAUCGUAAUUUAUUUAAGGCUGUUAAAUAGGCCCUUUUACCCUUUCAGGAGGGCUUACUGAUACCUUCGUUUCUCAUUUCUUGGAGUAUCACGUGAAAACGGAGUCUUGAGUGUCUAACAUUGACUGUGGGGAGGCAUUUUUAUAGCUCAAGACGGGAACUGGCUUGGCGUGUGAAAACUUACUUAAAACGGGGAGGAGUUGAGUUCAGAACCAAAGGAAACUGCGUGAUGAGACAUGUUGGGAAACAGGCCUCAUGAAAACGGAUGUGUCGAGAGAUGACAAAGUCUCUUGGGACUUCAGUAACACGAUCUUUUUAGAAAACGAAUUUUAAGCUAAUUUCUUGUUACGGCUGUAAAGGCUAAUGCUUCCUUAGUUGGACUCAACGUUGUGGUCACAUAAGCCGUUUGAGAAUCUGGAAAGUUCCCGGGAAGAAGAUAGGAACAGCUUAUUGGGGCCCGGGCCCCACAUUCCCUGGGAAGGGUGCCUGGGUCUCUCAAUGAGAGUUCGUCAGUGAUGACAGUUACGGGGAAAAGCAAGCCAUCUUCAGAUUUCCUGCCUUUAAGUUCAGGAAGUGGUCGGCUAUUUCUGUAGUAACUAUAAACGAUCACUUUUUCUCCUGUGUUUAUUUGAAUUAAUGAAGUCACUUUACUUUUCUAGCUAAGACUUCUCUCAAACGUGUGUGCUGAGGAGACUCAGAUGUUGGCCUCAGCUCCUAGGCUGAACUCCGCAGAUUGGCCCAUGAGAACUUAUGCAUUGAGACAAAGGAGAGGAUCUGAGAGAAAGCAACAUCUAUUAUCCUGGGCUUGGCAACAAGGAAGAGGACAGGCAGUGGAAAUCCUGCAAUCUGAAAAGCAGACUGAAAGGUGACAAAGAAGCUGAAGAUGGGUGGUGGAGAGAGGUAUAACAUUCCAGCCCCUCAAUCUAGAAAUGUUAGUAAGAACCAACAACUUAAUAGACAGAAGACCAAGGAUCAAAAUUCCCAGAUGAAGAUGGUUCAUAAGAAAAAAGAAAGAGGACAUACUUAUAACACAUCAGCAGCUGCAUGGCAGGCCAUGCAAAAUGGGGGGAAGAACAAAAACUUUCCAAAUAAUCAAAAUUGGAACUCCAACUUAUCAAGUCCCAGCUUGCUUUUUAAGUCUCAAACGAAUCAGAACUAUGCUGGAGCCAAAUUUAGUGAGCCGCCAUCACCAAGUGUGCUUCCUAAGCCACCAAGCCACUGGGUUCCUGUUUCCUUUAAUCCUUCUGAUAAGGAAAUAAUGACAUUUCAACUUAAAACCUUACUUAAGGUACAGGUAUAAAAUAAGAUAAAGUACUAAUGUUUAAACUGAGUAAUAUUUAAGGGUAGUUGACAAUUGUUUCAUACCAAAUUCAAUACUCAGUAAUUAAUCUGUGUUAAACCCCGUUAAUUAUUGUAGAAAAUAGAGACUUCAUCUUGUUUUGUGUUGCUGUGCACUGUGAUGUAAUGGUAGUAUCAGUGCCACUUAAAAUAACUAAGUUACUGAUAAUUGUACUUAUAUCAAGUGUUCUCAAUUGAGUAACUUUUAAGCAAAACUACUCAAGAUUAGAUUUGGAGAAUGUUAAAGGAAUCAACUUUUUAAACUCUUGCUUGUUGGGGUAAAGUACUGAUUAAACGGAAUGGUGGUGAAUGUGGAAGGGGCAGUAGGAGCUAUUUGGAAUGAGACCGUAUCCUCCAUUGGCCCCAUUAUAUGCAGUGGAUAGCUGACUGCAACAAAUGUGCCCAAACCAUUUUUUAUAGAAAGUUAUUUGGUGGUCACAGAGUAACUUUUUUAAAAUAACAUUUUUGUAUUAUAGCACUGCAUAGGCUAUUCUGAUAGUGAUUGGCCUCAAAUCAUCCCUGCAAAGCUUGCUUAAAGUAGGGAGUUGUAUAAUGUGAAAGUACCUAGGAAAGAAAGAGCCAUGUAAAUACAUGUAAUAUACUUGUAGCAUAUGUAAAGUUUUACCAUUCAUCUUAACGAAAAUAAGAGUAUUUUUAGUAUUGAAUUCACUAAUGUAAGACCAUGGACUCUUUUUUACACUAUGGCCUAAUUUUAAAGGUCCAAAAUAAAGUUUGCCCUUGUGCUAAAGUGCCAGUGUAUGUAUAAUUGAUCUGGUUGUAAACUAUAUUUCAAAGUAAAUCAUAGUGUCACUGUUUUAUAUAACUGAAAAGGUUUUAAAGCUGCUAAAACACUUCCUAUUUGUAAAAGAUGUGAAAUGCAGUAUGAGACUAUUUUAAUUGUUGUUCUUUAAGCCCAAAGAUAAACUUGCUAAAUGUCUAUCCAACCUUAAAAAUUCAUAUUGGCUUUGAAUAUUUUUAACCUAUGAUACAAGUAUAUUUAAUCAUGCCAGUGUUUUGUCACCAUUAAGAGCAACCAGGGGACCACUUAUGCAAAACAUGACUUAUUGCAUAUCUUGAUAACAUGUUUGACCUACUUUAAAAAUAAAUGCUAAGGGUGUUAACCAAAUAGUAAAUUAAAAAUGUGUGAAGAUCAAUUAAAAUUCUGAUUGUAGCCCAGCUGGUGUGGGUCAGUGGUUGAGCAUUGACCCACAGACCAGGUGGUCACCAGUAAGAUUCUGGGUGAUCCCAGUGGAGAGUGGACAGGAGGUGGCCGAUCGAUGUUUCCCUCUCUAAAAUCAAUAAAAACAUUAAAAUAAUUUGAUUGUCAGUGCCCUACUUUCUAAUUUGGCAGUUUUUUGUUUUUUUUUUGAUAUUUUCAGGCAGAAUGACCAAGUUAUAUUUCUCCAAAUAAAUUAAAGUGAGCUAAUGUUGCCCAACUCAUAAUUAUAUCCUAAAGGCAAGUUUAUGUUGUACUUAAAUGUGCAUAUAUGAAUUUGAAACACAGAAUUAAAAAUAAAGCUGCUUUUUCUACCCA